AUGAGAGAGAUUAACAUAAGUACUCUAAUGUCCUUAUCAAAUGACGUCAUCAUGGUAUAUUGCUGUUAUAAAUAAGGGGUAUUGUAGGUAUUAAAAUUAUCAAAGCCUUUCUAGGGAAAGUGUGACAUAGGUUUAGUUCCACAUCGCUUAUGCGCCAAAGUUUUGUGCGAAUAUAUAGUAAUAUUACAUUUGCAAGCAAGUCCUUUUUUCUCGUGUGUAUGACCACUCCUUGCCCCAUAGCCGGUUGGCCACUAGUGACAUGGAAGGGGAGUGGCGCACAUGUGCCCCCAUUCGUCUUAGUCGCUCAAGCCCCUGCUCGCAACUCCUCCCUAAUUAUGCUUCCGACCCACUUGUAGGCCCAGCUGGCUGGUGAGUGCCCCCCAUUUUGUUAUAUUUUUAUUUUUAUUUUUAUUUCUUUUUGUUCAUUUAUUUGACACUUUAACAUAAAUAUAAGUUUAUUUAUGAUGAGUUAAGGCUAAAACUAUAUUAUUUACUAAUUAUUAACUCAUGAUAAUGAAGACUAAUUAAUGACAAAAGUAAAUGAUGAAAAUAAGAAAUAAAUCAUUGCCAAAGUUUAGUCUACCUCUUGGGCAACUAGAGAUACUAGUGUGGUGGCUUAGUUUUGUUUGAAUGUGCCACACCAUGUCGAAAGUCACAGAAGUAUUGUCUGAAAAUGUUGCACCAUUUGCCGGAGAGAUCUAUUGAAAGAGGGGCCGACCAUACUAUCACUAUCGUCUAGGGGGAGAAGGGAAGAGCUGACCACUCGCUGGAGGCCUAGAGUGUAGUUGAGGGAGGAAGGAAGAAGCUUGCCGACUGCUAGAGAUGUUGAUCGCGCAAAAGAUGGGAAGAACGAAUUGUUGUAUUCGUGACUACUAUUAGCAUUUUAAAGAUAAUUAAUAAUAUCUAUUUUACUAGAUAAUAAUUGAUUAUUAUCUUUAUAUCCUUGAUGGUGAUAUGUGUGAGAACUUAAGUUCCUAGUAUUGUGACGCUUCAUAAGCCAUUAGAUGAGAUAUGCUUGGUCAUGUGGCACAUUGAGUGAUGCACCAAUUAGAAACUUAGGUUCUUGGUUUCAUGGCACCACCUUAGGCGUUGGAUCAUCCUUUAAAGCCAUGUGUGUGUUGAGUGGUGUUGGAUUCAUGAACUACGAAUGGAUCACUUUAUGCAUCUGGUAUUGUGGCGAUAUGCUAGUCACAAGAUCUGGCUAAUUUGAUGAUGUGACUCACUAUGUACCACUAGACUACAUUGUGUCCACAUGACUGUGCUGAAACAGACGAAAAUAUUUAGUCCCACAUUGAAAGUUUGCCAUCAUUUAAGCUGAAUAUAAAUCAAAGUUUUUCUCUCUCAAUAGAGGUCCCUUCUCCUAAAAUAAAAUAAUGCCCAAGACCAUCUUGGGAGAAGGCAAUAAGGUGGUCCGCCCUCGUGUGUGUAGGUGUGUAUAGUUGCUCCUUGCCCCACGACCAGUUGGCCACCAAGAUGUGGAAGGGGAGCAACAUACACGUGCAUGAAGUAAGGCCUUCAUCACUUGAGCCCAACUUGUGUCUCCCUUGGUCUAGGUCUACCCACUUGACCGAUGUCCCUCUUUUUGGUCAACUACUGAGUGCCAGCUUGCUAGUGGGGGAAUAAUUUUUAAUAUUUUAUUAUUUUCAUUUUAAUAAUAAAAACUUACUCUAAGUAUUCUAACUUCAAACUUUUAAAAUUAACAAUAUCUCUUAUAUUUAUGCUGCAAAUUAAAAAAAUAAUCAAAUAAGAAAACUAAUUAAAAUACAUAAUCUAGUUUUAACAAUCUACAUAUAGGAAAAACUUCUUUGAGUACGCCACAUAAUGGCCAGAACAUUAGGAAAUAAUUUGAAAAUAAGUGAUAUCCAAAAACCAUCUCUCAUUAAAGGAUUAAAUUACUCAUUUUGGAAACAAAUGAUAGAAAUCUUUGUUCAUGCCUUAGAUUAUCAAAUAUAGGAGGUUUUAUUGGGUUAUCCUUCAUAAGUUAAUUAUGCUUUAGGUGAUCAACAAAGGAAAACUCUCUACCUAAAUGUAAGAAAAAAAAUGUAUUAAUUUGCAAAUUAGAUCCACCGAAAUUUGUUAGGACAUUAAGUCAAACCAAAAAAUUUAGGAUAGAUUGCAAGUUAUUUAAAAAAGGUACAGCCCAAGUUAGAGCAAUUAAGAUUUAUGAAAUGAUGUAUAUGUACCAUUUUUUUCACUAUGCAUGAAAAUGGGGCUAGUUAUGAGAUGUUUCAUAGAUUUAUUGAUACUCGAAUCCACUAAAAUAGAUGUAUAUAAAUUUUUUGAUGUCCUUGACCUUUGUGGGGAUUAAAAGUUAUAAUUAUUGAGGAAACAAAGGAUAUCAAAAAUAAUUUCUUGAUGAUUUAUCUAGAUCAUUAUUGACAACCAAGAUGGGACUAGGAUAAGCUUUAGAAAAUAUAUGAAAACGCAGGAAAAAAAUAGUUUUCAAGAAAUCGACACAAAUAGAUGAUGAAGAGUAUGUUUCAAAGAAUGAAGAAGCCAUAAGAAAUAACCCAAAUGACUAGAAGAUUGAAACAAUAAUUUUUUAGGGGAGGGAAUGAAAAACUUACUAGAAAGCUUCAAAAUUUCCUAUUACUAACAUUGAUAAAUUGAAGAAUAAGCUGGCCUAGUUUGAUUGUAGGAAACUAGGUCAUUUAAAGGCUUAUCUUCUUAAGCUCAAAUUCGACCAAAAGAAAAAUAAAAUAAUGAUGAAGAUAAUUGAUAAGUUUUCAUUAUCAUGAGUUAAUAAUUAGUAAAUAAUAUAGUUUUAGCCUUAACUCAUGAUAAAUAGACUUAUAUUUUUGUUAAAGUAUGAAAAGUAGUUUUCAGUUGAUUAAUAUGAAUUUUUAGGUAGUUAUGUGAUUUUACAUAAAUUUGUAUGAUUUUUACAGUUUUGCUUUUGAGAUAAAUGAAGAAAAAGAAAUAAAAAAUAAAAAUAAGACAAAAUGAGGGGGACCUACCAGCCAAACGGGCCCGCAAGUGAGUUGGAAGCUCAGUUGAGGAGUAGCGGUGACCAAGGGCUUGAGCGGUUUGGACCGAUAGGGGCAUGUGUGUGCCACUCCCCUUCCAUGUCACUGGUGGCCAGCUGGCUGUGGGACAAGGAGUGGUCGUACAUGUGAGAGAAGGGACUUGCUUAGAGGUGUAACAUUAGUAUAUAUUCACCUGAAAAAUCAGUGCAUAAUUAAUGUGGGACUAAACCCACGUCACACCUUCCUCAGAAGGGGCGGGCAACCGGCACGGGUUUGAAUCCUCCUAGAGUCAAAAGUCACAUAUUUUUAUCUAAGUAUCAUGACUUUCUUGCAAAUCACCAGUGAAGGACUAAGCAACGAGAAUCACUAGACCAUCGGUGAAAAUCUCGCCAAUGCAAUUUGCGGAGCAUUGCUACUAAAAUUGUUGAACGAUUCGUGAUAAAAGCAUCCCAAAUCCAUCAAGUAAAUCAUCUUUGAUUGAUCGACGAAUAAGCUGUCGUCAGGAAGAAGAUGAUCCACCUGGAGACAAGUCGCCACCUCUUGAGAGCAUACCAAAUGUGAUGAAGAGCCUCCUCUUGUUGUGCAGACCUGAGGAUUAAGCUCCCUAACACGCGCCCCACCUCUAUCUAGUUCCUCUCCGUCGGGUGACAGCCACCAAAGAGCUACAAAGUCACUAUUUUUUCGCUCCGCCAGGUGAUAGCCGCCGAAGAUGAUUCGACGACCCAUUUCAUUAAUCGCUAGACUUUGCAAGGAGAUCUAGAGAUUGCCCAUGUCAUCUUUGUCCAAGGAGAGCCUUAGAGGCCGUUGACACUACACGAUGAUCUUCCCAAACGCUUAAUAUUUUAGUGCACUGUCGAUGCAUCACCAUCGCGAUACCAGAACUCUAUUUUCCUACUUUCAACUUACUUUACGCUUCAUUUAGUGAUAAUUUUUGUGUUUUUAAUUUAGGAAAAUAUACUUUGUUCAAUUAUGACUCUUCUGACUUUUAUAGAUCUUAAUUUAAUUAAUUAAAUUGUUUGUAAUCACUUACGUAAGAAUCACCAAGCAGAACUCUAUUUCCGCCCAAUUCACAUUCAUUGAGUGCUGACAUCAUCUUGACGUCUACACCCUUAUUUCUGUUUUUCGUGAAUUUUAAAUAUAUUUCCUUUUCAUUUCCUAGUAUAAAAUUCAUAGAAAAUUGUAAAUAAUAUUUGAUUUUUAGCCUUUAACUCAUGAUAAAUAGACUUAUAUUUGUAUUAAAGUGUGAAAAGUUGUUUUUAGUUGAUUAAUGUGAUUUUUUUUGCUAAUUAUGUGAUUUUACAUGAAUUUAUAUGGUUUUUACAGUCUUGUUUUUGAGAUAAAUGAAGAAAAAGAAAUAAAAAAUAUAAAUAAGACAAAAUGUGAGGGAUCCGCCGACCAGAUGAGCCUGCAAGCAAGUCGAAAGCUUAAUCAGGGAGUAGCCACAAGUAGGGGCUCGAGCGACUUGGACUAGUAGGGGCACGUGUGUGUCACUCUCCUUCCACGUCACCGGUGGCCAGCCGGCUGUGGGGCAAGGAGUGGUCGUACAUGCGAGAGAAGGGACUUGCUUAGAGGUAUAACAUUAGUAUAUAUUUGCCUGAAAAAUCAGCGCACAACCGAUGUGAGACAAAACCUACGUCACACCUUCCUCAGAAGAGGUGGGCAACCGGCGUAGGUUUGAAUCCUCCUAGAGUCAAAAGUCACAUAUUUUUAUCUUAGUAUGAUGACUUUCUUGCAAAUCGUUGGUGAAGGAUUAAGCAAUGAGAAUCACUGGAGCAUCAGCGAAAAUCUUGUCAAUGCAAUUUGUGGUGCAUUACUUAUUAAAUUGCUGAACGAUUCGCGAUAAAAGGAUCGCAAAUUUAUUGAGUAAAUCAUCUCCGAUUGAUCGACAAAUAAGCCAUCAUUGGGAAGAAGAUGAUCUGCCGAGAUAUGAGUCCCCACCUCUUGAGAGCAUACCAAAUGCGAUGAAGAGCCUCCUCUUGCUAUGCAAACCUAAGGAUUAAGCUCCUUGACACAUGCCCCACCUCUAUCCAACUCCUCUCCGUCAGGUGACAACCGCUGGAAAGCUGCAAAGUCACCAUUUUUCCGCUCCGCCGAGUGAUAGCCGCCGAAGAUGGUUCGAUGACCCAUUUCAUUAAUCUCUAGACUUUGCAAGGAGAUCUAGAGAUUGCUCAUGUCAUCUUUGUCCAAGGAGAGCCUUAGAGGCCGUGGACACUACACGACGAUCCUCCCAAACACUUAGGAUUCCGGUGCAUUGCCAAUGCAUUGCCGUCGCGAUGCUAGAACUCUAUUUUCCUACUUUCAACUUACUUUAUGCUUCAUUUAGUGAUAAUUUUUAUGUUUUUAAUUUAAGAAAAUAUACUUUGUUCAAUUACGAUUCUUCCAAGUUUUAUAGAUCUUAAUUUAAUUAAUUAAAUCAUCUGUAAUCACUUACGUAAGAAUCACCAAGUGGAACUCUAUUUUCGCCCGAUUUGCAUUCGCUAGGUGCUGACAUCAUCUUGAUGUCCACACCCUUAUUUCUGUUUUUCGUGAAUUUUAAAUAUAUUUCCUUUUCAUUUCCUAGUAUAAAAUUUAUAAAAAAUUGUAAAUAAUAUGUGAUUUUUAGCCUUAACUCAUGAUAAAUAGACUUAUAUUUGUAUUAAAGUGUGAAAAGUUGUUUUUAGUUGAUUAAUGUGAUUUUUUUUCCUAAUUAUGUGAUUUUACAUGAAUUUCUAUGGUUUUUAUAGUCUUGCUUUUGAGAUAAAUGAAGAAAAAGAAAUAAAAAAAAAAAAAAAGACAAAAUGUGAGGGACCUGCCAGCCAGACGGGCCUGCAAGCGGGUUGGAAGCUCAGUCAGGGAGUAGCCACAAGUAGGGGCUCGAGCGGCUUGGACCGGUAGGGGCACAUGUGUGUCACUCCCAUUCCACAUCACUAGUGGCCAGCUGGCUGUGGGGCAAGGAGUGGUCGUACAUGCAAGAGAAGAGACCUACUUAGAGGUGUAACAUUAGUAUAUAUUUGCCUGAAAAAUCAGCGCACAACCGAUGUGGGAUUAAACCCGCAUUACACCUUCCUCAGAAGGGGCGGGCAACCGGCGCAGGUUCGAAUCCUCCCAGAGUCAAAAGUCACAUAUUUUUAUCUAAGUAUGAUGACUUUCUUGCAGAUCGUUGGUGAAAGAUUUAGCAACGAGAAUCACUGGAUCAUCGGCAAAAAUCUCGUCAAUAUGAUUUGUAGAGUAUUGCUACUAAAAUUGCUAAACGAUUCGCGGUAAAAGGAUCGCGAAUCAAUCAAGUAAAUCAUCUCUGAUUGAUUGACGAAGAAGCCAUUGUCGGGAAGAGGAUGAUCUGCCGAGAGACGAGUCGCCACCUCUUGAGGACGUAUUAGAUGUGAUGAAGAGCAACUUCUUGCUGCGCGGACCUGAGAAUAAAGCUCCUUGACAUGCACCCCACCUCCAUCUAGCUCCUCUCCGUCGGGUGACAACUGCCAGAGAGCCGCAAAGUCGUCGUUUUUCCGCUUCGCCAGGUGAGAGUCGCCAGAGAUGAUUUGAUGACCAAUUUUAUUGAUCUCUAGAUUUCGCAAGGAGAUCUAUAAAUUGCCUACGUCAUCUUUGUCCAAGGAGAGCCUUAGAGGCUAUGGACACUACACGACGAUCCUUUCAAACGCUCAAGAUUUCAAUGCAUCACCGACGUAUCACUGUCGCGACACCAGAACUUUGUUUUCCUACUUUCAACUUACUUUACGCUUCAUUUAAUGAUAAUUUUUGUAUUUUUAAUUUACCAAAAAAUACUUUAUUUAAUUACAAUUCUUCUUGCUUUUAUAGAUCUUAAUUUGAUUAAUUAAAUCAUCUGUAAUCACUUACAUAAGAAUUACUAGGUAGAACUUUAUUUUCACUCGAUUUGCAUUUGUUGCAUGCGGACGUUAGGAUCCUUAUUUCUUUUUUUCGUGAAUUUUAAAUAUAUUUCCUUUUCAUUUCUUAGUAUAAAAUUCAUAAAAAAUCGUAUUCAUUGAGAAAAAUUCUGAAUAAUUACCAGAUAUUAAAUUACAUCCCUAUGAUAGACCUAGAAAGUUAUCGUUAAUUUUUUAAAAGUUUGAUUGAAUUAUAAUUAAUAUAUUUCUUCAGAAAUACUUCUAAAUAUCUGGAAAAUCAUAUUUUCUCAUUUUAAAAAUUUUAAAUUUGUAUGAUUUACUAUACAACGACUAAGUCACAUCAAUAAUUUUUAAAUAAAAAUAGAACAUGAACACAACAAAUGGUUACUUUACAUUUCAUGAACCUGAGGUAAAACAUUUCUCUAAUGAUGAUGAGAUGGUGUCCAAAACCCAUAUCUUGGACUAAUGAAUCUAAGUUGAUGAGCCAAUGCUCCCAUAAGAUCUCAUAAGAACUCUAGAGUUAAGUGUGCUCGGGUGAGAGCAGUCCCAGAAUGGGUGACCUCCCUGGGAAGUCCCUGGGUAUGUGUGCAUGCGUCGCCGCGAGACGCUCGCUGUGCAUGUGUUGAAAGGCACCGCUACAUUAUUGUGCCGCCAGGCACGUGUUAUGAUUCCCUCCACCACCAUGCCAAGAUGCCCCCAGCUCUAAAGAACAUGCCAAGAGGCACCCCUACCACCAUGUUGAGAGGCAUAUGUGGCAUCCAUCUCACCAUGCCAAAUGCCCCCAACUCCAAAGAACAUGCCAAGAGGCACCCCUGCCACCAUGUUGAGAGGCAUAUGUGGCAUCCAUCUCACCAUGCCAAGAUGCCCCCAGUUCUGAAGAAUGUGCCAAGAGGCACCCCUGCCACCAUGCCGAGAGGCAUAUGUGGCAUCCAUCUCACCAUGCCAAGAUGCCCCCAGCUCUGAAGAACAUGCCAAAAGACACCCCUGCCACCAUGCUAAGAGGUGCUAGUGGCAUCUAUCUCCGAAGAAUGUGCUUGAGAGGCACCAAAGUGUUUGGGUGUGUGAAGUAUCGGGAUGGGUGACCUCCCAAGAAGUUCAACCCAAGAUAGUUAUCAAAAAAAAAAAAAAGUUGAUGAGCCAAUGCUGUACAUAGGGUGAUUUCUUAUAAGUGCAAGAAAAUCUUGGACAACCAAGUACAUUUGUGAAUCUUAUUGGCCUUUGGAGCCUUUCUAGCAUUGAUCUUGACAAAGCCACAAAUGGAUAAAUAAGAAUUUAUAAACAUUAAAAUUAUGUCAGAGCUUAUAAAAUGUGUCUUAUCAACUAUAUUUAAUGUCUUAGAUCUUUGUCCAAGUAUUAUUGUUGUAGUAACAUAUUUAUGAACUACUUUUUUUACAUUUCUUCUAAUGAUAUGUGAUAAGUCUUCAUUAUCAUGAGUUAAUAAUUAGUAAAUAAUAUAGUUUUAGCCUUAACUCAUGAUAAAUAGACUUAUAUUUAUGUUAAAGUGUGAAAAGUAGUUUUCAAUUGAUUAACAUGAAUUUUUGGGUAAUUAUGUGAUUUUAUAUAAAUUUAUAUGAUUUUUAUAAUGUUACUUUUGAGAUAAAUGAAGAAAAAGAAAUAAAAAUAAAAAUAAAGCAAAAUAGGGAGAGACUUGCUGACUAGCUAGACCCGCAAGUGAGUCAAAAGCGUAGUUGGGGAGGAAUUGUGAGUAGGGGCUCAAGUGGCUAGGACCAAUAGGGGUACGUGUGUGUCACUCCCCUUUCACGUCACUGGUGGCCAGCCAACUGUGGGACAAGGAGUGGUCAUACACGUGCAAAAAAGGGACUUGAUCGAAAAUAUAAUAUUACUAUAUAUUUACUAGAAACUUCGGCGUAGAAGCGAUGUGGGACUAAACUCACAUCACACCUUCUCUUGAAAAGGCAAAUAACUGGUGUGGGUUCGAAUCCUACCAAAAUCAAAACUCAUAUUUUUUUAUCUCAUUAUUAUUACUUUCUUACAGAUUGUCGGUGAAGGAUUAAGCAACCAGAAUUGCUGGAUCAUUAGCGAAAAACUCGUCAACAUGAUUCGUGGAGCAUUGUUACUAAAAUUGCUAAAUAAUUUGCGAUAAAAGGAUCGUGAAUCUAUUGAGUAAAGUAUCUCUAAUUGAUCGAUGAACAAGCCAUCAUUAGGAAGAAGAUGAUCCAUCAGGAGACAAGUUGCCACCUCUUGAGAGCGUACUAGAUGUGAUGAGGAGUUGCGUGGACUUGAGGAUGAAGUUCCCUGACACGUGCCCCACCUCCAUCUAGCUCCUCUUCGUUGGGUGACAACCACUGGAGAGUCGCAAAGUUGUCGUUUUUCCACUCUGCCAGGUGACGGCCACUAGAGACGAUUCAAUGACCGAUUUCAUUGAUCUCUAGACUUUGCAAAGAGAUCUAGAGAUUGCCCACGUCGUCAUUAUCCAAGGAGAGCCUUCAAGGCUGUAGACACUACACGACAAUUUUCUUGAAUGCUCAAGAUUCUAGUGGAUUGUCGACACAUCGCCACUGUAAUAUCAGAACUCUAUUUUUCUGCUUUCAACUUACUUUUCACUUUAUUUAGUGAUAAUUUGUGUGAUUUAAAUUUACCAAGAUAUACUUCAUUCAAUUAUGAUUCUUCUGACUUUUACAAAUCUUAACUUGAUCAAUUAAAUUAUUUAUAAUUACUUACGUAAGAAAUGCUAGGUGGAACUCUAUUUUCACUUGAUUCACAUUUGAAGGGUGCUGAUGUCAUCCUAACGUCUGCACCCUUAUUUUCCUUUUUCGCAAAUUUUAAAUAUAUUUCCUUUUCAUUUUCUAGUAUAAAAUUCAUAGAAAAUAGUAUUAUUUGAGAACAAUUCUGAACAAUUACCAGAUAUUAUAUUACAUCUCUGUGAUCAACUUGAAAAAUUAUCAUUAUUUUUGAAAGUUUUAUUGAAUUAUACUUGAUAUAUUUUUUCAGAAAUACUUCUAAAUAUCCAAAAAAUUGUAUUUUCUAGUUUUAUAAAUUUUAAAUUUGUGUGAUUUACUAUACAACGACUUAGUCACAUCAAUAUGUCAAUAUUAAACUUUUUAAAUGAGGAAUAACUUUUUUUUAUGUGAUAAGUAAGAAAUAAUUAAUAUAUUUUUUGCAUUAGUUCAUACUAAUGAUAUGUUUUUAAUGAAAGAUCAAGUGCACUUUAGACUAAUUAUAUGAAAUACAUGCUUAAUAUAUGAUCUUAUAUACUUUUAUGUUGUGUUUAUGUUUUGAAUAUUCCUUGACUAUACAUUAAUAUGUAUAGGGCUUCUACACUUUUUUCAUUAUAACAUUAUUACUUUUGUCUUCAUGGUAUUAGAGCUUUAGGAUUUUUUAUUGGCUGCUGCCUCCACAAUGCUAGGUGCGAUAGCCACCAUUGGCCAUGUAGCUGCUGCUGCUGCCACCAUAGCCAUUGUCACCACUGUACUAGGGUUUUCUAUUAACUGCCACCUCCUUCAUGACACUAGCCACCAUAGCCACCACUGUCCUAAUUGAUAACCUGCUAGAUUAUUAUCAUCACAAGUAGAUCAAAUUCAAUAAUAGAGUAUAAAGUAUGCAUGAAAAUGACACAAAUACAUUAAUUCUUAUAUGCAAUACAAUGUUAGGUGAUCAGUGAUUGCCCUCUAUUUUUAUCUUUAAAAAUCUAGUAUGAAUUUAAUUUCAUAAUUCUUUCUUUCACAAUUAUAUAAUUGGUUGUUAAUAUCAAUGAUUGUAGGGGCAAAUGUGAAAAGUAGAAAUGAAUUGAUAUAUUAAGCAUAAGAGGGGGCGACAUUUAGGGGGCUUUUCAAUUUCCUUCCCCUUUCAAGCCUAGGUACAAUUCUUGUCUUGAGCUGGCCAUCUCAUCCUUCUCGCUUUUUGGUGUCAUCGGCAACCUCAAUGGACCUGCUUCAUCUCCUCUCCCUUCUCACCAGCGAGUGACAGUACCAAUAAAUUCGAGUCAAAAGUUGCUCAAGGUCUUCCCAUGAGAAGCCUUGGAGCAACCAAGUUGUGAAGACCACCCUUGCCUGGUGCAGCAGACCAAGGUCUAUCAUGCUCUCCACCUACUUGUGGUGUCGUUUCUCCCCAUGGACAUCAAAUUAAGAGGGAGUAGCUAGAAGUUUAGUUAAAAGUUUAUUUCUGUUUUCAUCUUACUUCUCGCAUUGUAAGAGAAUUCUGAUUUCAGUUUAAUGCAAUUUUCAUUUUCAUGAGCCCUACACCUCUUUCUAGUUCAAAGAAUUGAUUCUAUCAAUUCAUUGAAGGAUCUGAUUUAAUCUAUGGCUUUUGUGAUUCAGGAAGGUUAUUGGGCAACAGAAAUCAGCAUUGGCUGACUUCGUCCUCCUUGAUGAAGCAUAUAGUGAACAUCACUGUUGGAAUUAAUGAAGUACUAGUGUAGAUGCUGUGAUUUCAAAUCCUUCCUAAGUUCGACCUAGUUUUCCACUAAUUUUCUAAGAAAACUAACCUCUGAAAAUCAGUUUAUAAAUGUAAGAUUGAUGAUCUUAAUAACAAUGAUUUUUGAACAAUCACUCACCACCACCUUUGCAGAAACUGCUAGGGUUUUCUAUUGACUGCCACCUCUAUGAUGCUGGCUGCCAUAGCCACUGCCACUGUAGCCACCAAGUGCUGUGCGUCAUCACACACAACAGGAAGUGCAUUGCUGCAUGCAGCAGCAUGCCAUCAUACAUCAUCGCAUACAGCAGCAUGCCAUCAUGUUUCGUGUGUUGUUGCAUGCAGCAGCAUGUUGUGCGUCACAUAUGCAGCAGCAUGCCAUCAUGUGUCAUGUGUUGUUGCAUGCAGCAGCACAUUGUGCAUUGUCAUACACAGCAGCAUGCAACCAUGCAUCGUGUGCAGCAGUGUGGAGUUCAUACUCACAUGACACACAUGCCACACACGACCUUGCCUUUGCAUGCAGUAGCCCGUAGGUGCCAAACGCACUAGUGCACAUGCUAGUGUGCCAGCAGCAUGCUAGUGCACCCACUAGGACUGGCCCAGCAUGACCUCCGGCUGGUUGACAUUCUUCUAGGCUCUUUUGUGUCUUAGGACCACCCUAGGGAGCCACCUGCCCUUUCCUGUGCUCUAGGAUGUACCUUAGGGCCUAUCUACCUUAGGGCAUUGAUAAGUUUUCAUUAUCAUGAGUUAAUAAUUAGUAAAUAAUAUAGUUUUAGUCUUAACUCAUGAUAAAUAGACAUAUAUUUAUGUUAAAGUGUGAAAAGUGGUUUUCAGUUGAUUUAUGUGAAUUUUUGAGUAGUUAUGUGAUUUUAAACGAAUUUAUAUGAUUUUUACAGUCUUACUUUUGAGAUAAAUGAAGAAAAAUAAAUUAAAAAUUAAAAAUAAGACAAAACGAGAGAGACCCGCCGGCCAACUGGGCCCGCAAGCAGGUUGGAAGCUCAAUUAGGGAGUAGCUACGAGUAGGAGCUCGAGUGGCUUGGAUUGAUAGGGGCACGUGUGCGCCACUUUCCUUCCACGUCACCAAUGGCCAGCCGGCUGUGGGGCAAGGAGUGGUCGUACACGUGAGAGAAGGGACAUGCUUAGAGGUGUAACAUCAGUAUAUAUUCGCCCGAAAAAUCGACGCACAACCAAUGUGGGACUAAACCCGCAUCACACCUUCCUCAGAAGGGGCGGGCAACCGGCACUGGUUCGAAUCCUCUUAGAGCCAAAACUCAUAUUUUUUUAUCUGAUUAUCAUGACUUUCCUACAGAUCACCAGGGAAGGAUUAGGCAACAAGAAUCGCUGGAUCAUCAGCGAAAAUUUAGUCAACACAAUUCGCAGAGCAUUGUUACUAAAAUUGUUGAACGAUUCACGAUAAAUGGACCAUGAAUCCAUCGAGUAAAGUAUCUCCAAUUGAUCGAUGAAUAAGCCGUCAUUGGGAAGAAGACGAUCUACUAGGAGAUGAGUUGCCACCUCCUGAGAGCAUACCAAAUGUGAUGAAGAGCCUUCUCUUGCUGCGCAGACUUGAGGAUAAAGCUCCCUAACAAGUGCCUCACCUCCAUUCAGCUCCUCUCUGUCAGGUGACAGCUGCUAGAGAGCCACAAAGUCGUCUUUUUUCUGCUCCAUUGGGUGAUAACUAUUGGAGACAAUUUGACAACCCAUUUCAUUAAUCUCUAGACUUCGCAAGGAGAUCUAAAGAUUGCCCACAUCGUCUUUGUCUAAGGAAAACCUUCGAGGUCGUGCACACUACACGACUAUCCUCCCGAAUGCUCAAGAUUACAGUGCAUCGCCGACGCAUCACUGUCGCGACACCAGAAUUCUAUUUUCCUACUUUCAACUUAAUUUCCACUUCUUUUAAUGAUAAUUUGUUGAUUUUAAAUUUACCAAGAUAUAUUCCAUUUCAUUACAAUUCUUUUGGCUUUUAUAGAUCUUAAUUUGAUCAAUUAAAUUGUCUGUAAUCGCUUAUGUAAGAAUCACUAGGCGGAACUCUAUUUCUGCUUGAUUCGUGUUCAUCAGGCGCUAACAUCAUCCUGACGUCUACACCUUUAUUUCUUUUUUUCGUGAAUUUUAAAUAUAUUUCCUUUUCAUUUCUCAGUAUAAAACUCAUAGAAAAUAGUAUUCUUUGAGGAAAAUUCUGAAUAAUUACUAGAUAUUAUAUUACAUCCUUGUGAUCGACCUAAAAACUAUCACUAUUUUUUGGAAGUUUUAUUGAAUUAUAAUUGAUAUAUUUGUUUAUAAAUACUUGUAAAUAUUUGAAAAAUCAUAUUUUCUAGUUUUAUAAAUUUUAGAUUUACGUGAUUUAAUAUACAAUGAUUGAGUCACAUCAAGCAUCUUGGGUGUACAUCUUUAGCGGUGGCUUGUUUGUGUGUCCGAGGACUCCCUUAUAUGUCACUUCUUCACCAACAUGUUUGACAACUUGGGGAGUUCUGUGACAUCUAUGGGUUAGGGGAUAUUAUUCAUACAAUGCGUAAAGCACAUUUAGCUCUAAUGGCAAGCGAAACCCAUCUCCAUCAGCUCAGGAGACACCAGCAGUCCAAGUUCAACUCGAUCAACGUGCAAAGAUGAAGGAGCCUAGCUUUCACUACAUGGCCUAG